AUGUCGUCCCCAUUCGACCAGCCCGGCUCCGCGCCGCGGCAGUUCGCCGACCCGGACGACGGUCUCGAUGGCUACUAUAGCAUAAUGGCAGACUACCCCGAGGCACUUGAUUACUAUGCCUUGCUGGGCCUAUCCUCAACACCUCCUCCGAAAGAAGCCGAAAUCCGUUCCGCGUAUCGCAGCCUGACCCUCAGCUUCCACCCGGACAAGCAACCGCCGCACCUCCGAGAGGCCGCUCAGCAGCAUUUCACAAGGAUCCAAGAAGCCUACGAUGUCCUUAUCGAUCCCAAGAAGCGUAUUGUCUACGACCUUGCGGGAGAGGAGGCUGUGCGGCAAGAAUGGGGACAACACGGUGCGAUGGGUCCUAGAGGGGACGCACAAUCCAGACAGGUCGGCGUUAAGGCGAUGUCGCCUGAUGAGUUUCGACGGUGGUUCUUGAAGACAAUGAAGAAGCGUGAGCGGAAGGCUAUCGAGAGCUUGGUGUCGAGCCGGGGCAACAUUACACUUGGGAUUAAUGCGGCCUCAACCAUCUCGGUGAACAAGGAAGAUGGAGAUGUGACGCUCCAAAUUCCGUCGGCAAAAUUGAGCACAUAUGCCGCCACAUACAGCUUCAAGACUCCUUUCCCUCUACCCGAAUUCUUGUACGGAACGAAAGAAGCGGAUAGGGCUGAGAACCCGGACUCGGAUGAUUCUCCAAACGAUCCGGAUGAGGACUCUGAACCCAUUGAAAUGACGAUCAGUAUGGGAAUCGCAGGCAAGCUCGCUCGUCCCGGGCAAAAGCUGAUGGUCGAACAUGAGGACGAGUCGACUGAAGAGCAGAUAGUUCCUCUGCCACACAUCUUAGUGGCUCAAAACAUUAGCCUUGGUGCUACUGUCACCCCUAACAUGAGAGGCUUGAUAGGCACCAAGGGCUUCUGGAGUCGACAACCAUUCUCAAUCCUCAGAGACUCUACUGUCCACUUAGAGGCUCUUAUUUUGCCAAUUCCAACCUUGAAGACAACCGUCGGUCACGCUUUCCAACCGGUUUCCGGCAUUAAACCGAUCAAUGUCAGUGCUAGCAGCAUCAUCACACGAUCUCUCUGGGAGUCGCCGCCUUCGUUCGAUGUGCAAGUCACGAAACAAGUUGCCGAACGAAAGGUUGCCUUCUUGACAGGGUCUACUGGAUUCUUGGAAUGGCCCGAGCUUCUCCAAGAGAGUUUCCCUUCCCUUGGGAUGAGUCUUGAGAGCUAUUACAAUUCUGGGGUGAAUGAUAGCACGCUUCAGAUUGGGUUGAUUUCACAGCCAAAGCAACCCUCGAAAAUGGCUGAAUUCAACGAGGAUGAAGAAGAAGAUGAGGAGUUACGCGAGCAUCUGGAAAAGCAAAAGAAAAUCGAUCGUGCCGCGGAGUUCUGGCAAACAUAUCUUACUGCCACUCCGGCAGGAGGCGGCAUUGGGCUGACCUAUUCUCGAAAUCUGUUCUCGGGCAAACCAGCAGAUGAUCCCGUGAGGUCGGAAUGGAGCGGCGAGGGUUACUUCCCGAUGGCGAAAAUGGAGGAACCACGGGCAGUGCGACUGGAAGUCACUACUAUUCUUAGCGCAGACGCAUCCAUCAGCUGGGGUAUCAAGGGUACUCGGCGCAUUGGUGAGUACACCAAGAUGUCGCUUGGAGUGGGCUUUGCCCAAAAUGGGAUUGUUGCUACCGUGGGUUGGAGCCGGCUUGGUCAAGGCAUCAAGCUUCCCAUUGUCCUCUGCUCUGCCGAGGAAGCUAAUCAUGAUGCUGCGGCAUUGGCUACCGUCUUCCCAUGGCUUGCAUAUUGUACGAUCGAGUUUGGCUAUAUCCGUCCGCGCGAUAGAAAGAGACGUCGACAAGCGGCGGCGCGUCGUCACAAAGAGCUGAAAAAGCUUAUUCCCAAGAAGCGAGAAGAGAGCGAGCAAGCCAUCGAGCUCAUGCUCGAUCAAGUGCAAAGACGGCAGACUCGAGAAGAGGCGCAGGGUGGCUUGAUCAUCAAAAAGGCCGAGUAUGGAUACAUUCCUCCGUCGAACAAGAAACCUAAGAAUGGCUUCACUGAGCCCCGGGUCAUUGAUGUGACCAUUCCUGUGGCUGCCCUGGUCGACCGAGGCCAGCUGGUGAUUCCACAGAACUCCAUCAAGUUCCAAAUCAUCGGCUUCCAUGACCCAGCGCCUAUGUUGCCAAAGCGGCUCAAGAUCUGGUACACGUUCCAAGGACGUGACCAUUUCGUGGAGGUUGGUGAUAAAGAGCGUGUUGCCUGUCCCAUGCGCACCCAUUUGAUCUCUGAUUGA